UGUUUCCAUUCAUUCUGGAACUGUUGACAAGUUUUUUCAUCAACCUGUUUUCUUUUUUCUUCUUGUGGGUUUCUUAAAUCCUCUGUAAACGGAUGAGUUUUAGUUUUAUUUAUUUAUUUACUCUGCAUGCAUUUAGAGGGACCAGAAUUUCAUGUUUUGAGUUGGGUUUUUGUGCCCAAUUCAAGAUAUCUAAUAAUAACCAAUACUCCUUCAAAGAAGAUAAGGCAUGGCUUCAAAUUCUGAUCAAUGCACAUCUCCUCUGCCUGGUGCAUGGAUGAAGGGCAAACUGGUUGGAUCUGGUGCUUUUGGCAGUGUCCAUUUGGCCAUGAGCAAAGCCACAGGAGCACUUUUUGUUGUGAAAUCUGCAGUGUCUGGGCAUGGAGUUCAGGCUCUGGAGAAUGAGGCAAAGAUUCUCGAGAGUUUGAAUUCGCAAUACGUUGUUCGAUGCCUGGGGAAGGAAAAUGGUGAAGGGAAAUGCAUCAAUGUGUUCAUGGAGUACAUGGCAGGGGGUAGCUUGUCAGAUGUGUCACAGAUAUUUGGUGGUGCAUUGGAGGAAGAGGUGGUUCGUUUGUACACCAGAGAGAUUCUUCUUGGUCUCAAGUAUCUUCAUGAAAAUGGGAUUGUGCAUUGUGACCUCAAGUGCAAGAAUGUGCUCGUGGGCUCCUCCGGGAAUGUGAAGCUGGCGGAUUUUGGCUCUGCUAAGAGGCUAAAGGACUCAAAGGCUCAUGGGGUUUCCGUGCAGGUUGCUGUGCAAUCUAUUGGUGGGACUCCAUUGUGGAUGGCUCCUGAAGUUUUGAGAAAUGAAGGGCUGGAUUUCGCUUUGGAUAUUUGGUCAUUAGGAUGCACUGUCAUUGAAAUGGCUACUGGCAGGCCUCCUUGGGGUACCAAGGCUUCGAAUCCGGUGGCUGCUGUUUUGGAGAUUGCUUGUGGCAAUGAGAAGCCUCAGUUUCCAAGACAUUUCUCAGAUAAUGGGUUGGAUUUCUUAGCAAGGUGCUUGGAGAGAGACCCGAAAAGGAGGUGGUCUGCUGAGGAAUUGCUUAACCAUCCAUUUGUAUCAGGAAAUUCAAUGAGAGUUUCAAGAAAGGGUGUGGCUUGCUCACCUGCAAGUACUCUAGACAUUGGAAUUUGUGAGGAGGGCUCUGAUUACUCAUCAGAUCAUGGAAUGGGGAUUCGCGAUCGCGAUGAUUUCCCGAGCAUCCCGAGCAGAAAUCCUUUCUCAAAGUGCUGUGAUGAAGGAAACAGAAGCACAAGAACGCAGCAGACUGAGAGUCACUUGGAGUCAUCAGAAAAUUGGAUCACUGUUAGGUAGAGAGACAAGAAAAUUGUACAUUAUCAGAAAUUUUUGUUAAUGUAGAGAGACAGCUAUAGCAAGUAGAGAGAAACAGGUUGCCAGAUUUCCAGUAGCUUUUUGGAGGCAUACUUUGUUUCUAACCCUGUACACUAGUAG